AUGAUAAGUAAAGCUAUAAAAAAUAAAUCAGUAUUAUUAAAUUCAGUUAAUUUAACCAGAUCAUAUUCAAACAAGGUUAAUUAUAAUGAAAUUUAUAAAAAACAUUCAAAAAUUGCAGAAAAGGAAUUAAGUAAAGAUGAAGUAAUUAAAGCAAUUAAAGAAAAUACAUUAUUUUCAUGGAAUCCAACUGAAGCAGCAGCAAAUAAAGCAUUAGUUAUGGAAAAAGGUGAUGGUGUUUAUUUCUAUGAUAUCAAUGGAAAAAAAUAUAUCGAUUUUAAUUCACAAGCUAUGUGUUCAAAUUUAGGCCAUACUGUACCAGAAGAAGUUAUCAAAGCCAUCGAUGACCAAUUAAGAUCAGCUGCUUAUGCAUAUCCAUGUGCUAUUGUUACACCAGUUAAAGCUAAACUUUCCAUGUUAUUAGCCGAUAUUUUCCCAGGUGAUAUUAACCAUUUCUUCUAUACUAGUGGUGGUGCUGAGUCAAACGAAACUGCAAUGAGAAUGGCUCGUCUUUUCACUGGUCGUCAUAAAAUUUUAGCUCGUUAUCGUUCAUACCAUGGUGCUACUUUAGGUGCAAUGACUUUAACUGGUGAUCCACGUCGUUGGAAUAGUGAGCCAGGAGCCAGUGGUGUUGUUCAUUUCAUGGAUCCAUAUCCAUACAGUUUCAAGUGGGGUGACAAUGAAGAAGAAAUUACAGAAAUGUCAUUAAAAUAUCUUCGUGAAACUAUUUCAUAUGAAGGUCCAAAUAAAAUUGCAGCAAUCUUUAUCGAAUCAGUAACUGGUACAAAUGGUAUCUUAAAACCACCAAAGGGUUAUCUCGAGGGUAUUCGUAAGAUUUGUGACGAAACUGGUAUUUUAAUGGUUUGCGAUGAAGUUAUGAAUGGUUUCGGUAGAACUGGUCAAAUGUUUGGUUUUAUGAAUAGUGAAGGUGUUAUUCCAGAUAUUGUUACUAUGGCUAAGGGUAUCAAUGGUGCCUAUCUCCCAUUAGGUGCAGUUGGUUGUCGUGAUCAUGUUGCCGAUUAUUUCAUGAAGAAUCCAAUUGGUAUUGGUUCAACUUAUAACAGUCAUCCAGUCACUUUAGCAUCAGCCUAUGCAGCUCUUCAAUACUUUUUAAAGAAUGGUGUUUUAGAUAAUGUUCAAAAAUUAGAACCAGUCCUCAAAAAGCAUUUAGAGGAAUUAAAGAGUCGUCAUCCAACAGUUAAGGGUUAUCGUUCACUUGGUUUAUUUGGUACUGUUGAACUUCAAAAGAACUCUAAAGGUGAGCCUUUUGUAGGUUAUAAUGGUCCAGCUCACCCAGCAAUGGGUCAAUUACAAGAAGAUAUGGUUAAAAAUGGUCUCUACACUCUUCUCCGUUGGAGCUCAUUCUUUACCAAUCCACCAUUAACCAUCAACGAAAAAGAAUUAAAAGAAGGUUUCGAAAUUUUAGAUAAAUGUUUAACCAAUUUAGAUAAACACUUUGAAAAAUAAAUAAAUAAAUAAAUAAAUAUAAUAAUGCGGUAUAACAAUUAAAUAAAAAUAU